GUUUUGCUGUACACAAUCCGUGCACUUUGCUGCAGCCAUAGCUUCUUGCAUCAGUACUCUUCCUCGCAAUUGACUUUCCUCCUGUUUUUUCUUCCUCUCUGACAGCACUUCGACUCAUGCUGCCAUUUGCUUCGCGUUCUGAAAAGCAUAGGGGCGCUGAGUCUCGAUCAGCCUAGUCUUGGGACAACCUCGUUCAAUUAAGUACUCGGCAGCUGCAUAGGCUCCGAUACGACUUUCGAGGACAAAAUCGUCAAGAUGGAUGUCAAGCCUCAUCGACCGAUACGCAUACGCGUAAACAAUGAUGAGAACCUCCCUCCUGUCGGCCACAAUACCAAAACAAUUCACCAGCGAAAUAAAUCAAGUCCUGCACUGACCGGUUUGCCCCCGACUCAGGGACUCGCAGCUGGAGCUAAACGGAAGGUUUUUGGGGACGUGAGCAACACUGCUACAAGUGUAAAACCAAGCAAAGAUGACCUCGCUUUGCAGAACAAAGCCGUUUCGCAGCCAACUAUCAAGCCUCUGUAUGAGAGGAAAUCGACCAGUCUGCUGAGACCAGCUCAGAGACCACUAUCCGUCUCUGGUUUGCGGACAUUCUUCUCUGGUGGAAGCAACAAUGCAGCCUCUGACAAUGCAGUUACUGUGCCAGGGGAGGGCAUUGGGCUUCAUUCACAGGCUCCAGGUGGCAAGAAGACAUUGACCAAGCGACACACUGCGAUCUUCAAAGAUAAUCGUCUAGUCACGGUGCAAGAAACGGAAUCCACGAGCGUGCAGUCAAACACCAUCAAUGAGCUACCCAAAGGAAAAGACGUGGUGGAACUUACGCAUCUCGACUCUCAGCCGCUGCCUUGUCUCCUCCCGUCAACAUCGCAGACUCUCGUUGAGCCUAGUAAAGAAGUCUCAGAACCUCGAUCAGAGAUCAGCUUACCAGGAAUUGAUGAAGUCAGCUUGGAGCCUGCGGUUGCUCGCGAAGUGAACAAUGACCGCUACGUUAGAGAAGCCGUCACAACCAUCUCAGAGCUCCCUGGCCCUCCUGUCAAUUCACAUUACGAUCUUCACAAAACCUCAACCGCCCUCCCACCUCUUUCCAUCAACACCAGUGCUCCAGCUCCAGCAGCGACAUCACAACAGAUGGCUGUCGCGAAACUUGUCAACCCAGUUGACACCAUUCCUCCUCUUCUCUCGCACAAUAAUUACGUUAUCGCACCGGUUGAACAAGAGGAGCAUUGGGAAGAAGAAGAAGAAGAAGAAGAAGAAGAAGAAGAAGACGAGGACAACUACGAAGAAGAAGGCUAUGUGACGGCUAGGUCAUUUCGAUCUAGAGGCGACAAUACAACUGGCGGUGCUACGGCUGUGUUGUUUCCUCAGAUGAACCAGCGCAUUCGUAAGGAGCUUUCCCAGGCAAAACAACUGGUCGAGGCAACUCGGUCUCCUGAAGAACUCGAAGACGAGAGCUUUGACACAAGUAUGGUGGCCGAAUAUGGAGAUGAGAUCUUCGAUUACAUGAAGUCUCGAGAACUGAAGUUGCUACCCAACGCUCACUACAUGGACAACCAACAUGAAAUCCAAUGGUCGAUGCGUUCGGUCUUGAUGGACUGGCUCGUGCAAGUGCAUCUGCGCUUCAACUUGCUGCCGGAAACUCUGUUCCUGACUGUCAACUACAUCGAUCGCUUCUUGUCCUGCAAAGCCGUUUCCCUCGGCAAACUGCAACUCGUUGGUGCAACAGCCAUCUUCAUUGCUGCCAAGUAUGAAGAAAUCAAUUGCCCGUCUGUUCAAGAGAUUGUGUACAUGGUUGAUGGCGGUUACACCAUUGAUGAAAUCCUCAAGGCCGAACGCUUCAUGCUCACGAUGCUUCAUUUCGAGCUAGGAUGGCCGGGUCCGAUGAGCUUUCUGCGGAGGAUCAGCAAGGCUGACGACUACGAUCUCGAGACCAGGACAUUGGCCAAGUAUUUCUUGGAGGUUACACUCAUGGACGAGCGCUUUAUUGGUAGCCCACCAAGCUUCACAGCGGCAGCGUCUCACUGUCUCGCACGCCUCAUGCUCCGCAAAGGAACCUGGACUGCUCAUCACGUUUACUAUUCUGGAUACACAUAUUCACAGGUCGAGCCUCUUGUGAGUCUCUUAUUGGAGUGCUGUGACGAUCCUCGCAAGCACCACAGUGCAGUAUUCAACAAAUAUUGCGAUAAGCGCUACAAACGAGCAUCUGCCUUUGUGGAGACAGAGAUUCAGAGAGGAUUCCAGCUACCCGACUACGGUGCUGCGGUAUUUUUACCUCAACCACCUGCACUUCCAUACUAUGACAGCAUUUCUUACUACCGCACCUGAGAAUAUGCCUCGAAGCAUUUCUACUCGCAUGAUGAUGACCACCAUCGGGCACGCCAUAAUGAAUGACGCAUGGCCUCAAAAUGCACGAGAGAUAGAUUUCACUUCCUCUUCCUCAUGAAGUCAUCUGCACCCACCAUUUGCAUGAGAUGGAACCAGUUGCUUAGGCAACUGACAUUCGAAACUCAUCUUACGACGACACGAACUUAUGACCCACUAAUCAAUAUCAAUGCCAUUGGCCGGCGACAGAAACGGGCAUGGACCAUUUUCACUUUUCGGUACCAUUGUCAGUGACACAAUUUUCAGGGCGAAUUGUCAAACUCGAGGGGAGAGGAUUGGAGAUGGCAACGGCGCUGGAGUAAAUGUACUGCAACCUUCGAGGCGAGGAAAUGGUUGACUGCAAGCUCUUGACGUGAUUUCGAUUUUCAGCGAGGCAACAAAAAUCGUGCUGUAGCGGAACUAAUGCAACUAAUACUCUUGGAGAGAAUGAAAUAGCUGCCCUUCUA